AUGCCAAGUCUCCAACGCUCCAAUGUGAUCAUUAUCCACCCAGACCUAGGCAUCGGCGGCGCGGAACGACUUAUCAUCGACGUGGCGCUUGCGCUCCAGGCCCGCGGCCACCGAGUUACGAUCUACACCUCCCAUCGCGACAAGACACAUUGUUUCGAGGAAGCGCGCGAUGGAACCCUCGACGUCCGGGUCCGUGGAAACACUGUGUUUCCAGCCCAUGUGUGCGGCCGGUUACAUGUUCUCAUGGCGAUUCUGAGACAAUUGCAUUUGACUGUGUCAGUGUUGAGAGAGCUGGGAUCUGCGCCUAUGACUCUGAUUCGGGAGUCGAAUAAGUCGGAUAAAGAUGGGGAGUUCGAGUUCGAGGAUACUAUCUUUAUUGUGGAUCAGGUCCCUGCUUGCGUGCCGUUUUUGAGGACAUUAGGACCCCGGCAGAAGCAGCAGUCAGAACAGAGGGAUCGAAGAAAUCGACAGCGGAUUUUGUUUUAUUGCCAUUUUCCGGAUCAGUUGCUGGCUCGUCGGAAUGAGGGUAGUUCGCCUCUACGGUUCGCUAAGGUUCUAUAUCGGUAUCCGUUUGAUUGGUUUGAGGGGUGGUCGUUGAGUGCAUCAGAUAAGGUUGUUGCGAACUCCAAGUUCACUCGCGGUGUUGUGAGUAAUAUCUUUAGGGCGAAGCAGCUAGGAGAUGUUCGGGUUGUUUAUCCUUGUGUUGACACGGAAGCUGGUGGUGCUACGGUAGUCAAGGAGUUGGGUUCUGCUAUUGAGAAUGAGAAGCUAUGGGAUGGGAGGAGGAUUUUAUUGAGUAUUAAUAGGUUCGAAAGGAAGAAGGAUAUGGCGCUGGCUAUUCGAGCGUAUCAUGGUCUGGGUGAGAAAAAGCGUAGGGGCACUCGGUUGGUAAUUGCUGGCGGUUAUGACAAUCGAGUUCAGGAAAAUGUACAAUAUCACAAGGAAUUGGACGAGCUCGCGAUCAGUCUGGGGUUGCAAACUGCUACGUCUAAAACGGUCAUCUCGGCGCUUUCUGUCCCCGAUUCUAUAGACGUCCUCUUUUUACUUUCCGUCCCGACGGCAUUCCGCGAUACACUGCUCCUGCAGUCGAAGCUACUCCUCUACACACCGAUCAAUGAACACUUUGGCAUUGUCCCUGUGGAAGCGAUGCGUGCUGGAAUUCCCGUCCUUGCUUCCAACACGGGUGGCCCAUUGGAGACGAUCGUCGAAGGCGAAACAGGCUGGCUUCGCGAUGCAAAGGUGGAUACAGAGUGGACGGCAGUGAUGGACAAGGUCCUUUAUGGGAUGGAACAGGAAGAGCUGGACCGCAUGUCUGCUACUGCCAAGAAGAGAGUGGAGAGCGAGUUCUCUCUAUCUGCGAUGGGCGACAGACUCGAGGAGGAGAUUUCUGAUAUGCUCCUCUGUGACCGACGGCCUUUCAAUGGUUUCCAGCAGAUUCUUGUCUUUAUAGCUUUGUCGGGCUUUGCGCUCUCUCUUGUUUCCAUGCUAGUUUUCAGAGCCGUCUAA